ACAGGAACACGGCGAACCUUGCGUUCAUUUCCCAUGUUGCCUUUCGCGUCAGCCGAUCCGAUCACAUCUAUAUCGCCUGCCCGCUUCUGUUUUCCCGGCUCAGAGAGUGACAGAUAUCACACGACCCGUGCUCGUGUCGAUUCGGUAAGAGGAAAGGAAACACAUCAGCCAUGACCGUGUGGCUGUCCAAAGCCGCCGCGACAGACAAACGCAGAACAUGUGUGUGAAGUGGGACUAAUUGAAGCUAGAGGAGCCAUGUUGGCCACCCAAACACCUGAGAGCGGCCCAGAGGCAAGAGAUGGAAAACAGUGGAUCAAGGAAAAGAUUGCACGGACCCUAAAAGUCCUGCAGAAGCGUUACAUCACCACAGACACGGCGGUCACCAGUGAGGACCUGGAGGCUAACCUGCUGUGUUGUGCUUUGGAGGCGGUCUUCAUCCAUGGAAUCAAGAGCAAGUUCAUUCAAUUUGAUGGAAGUCACGCGCGCAAAGGAGGGUCACGAGGAGCCCUUCCUCAGCCCGUCUUCUGGAGCCUAUUGAAGACCCUCACCCACAGGGAUGUCGUUCAAGAACUGGAACGUCUAAGCUUCAUAAACUCAGAUAUUGGGCGCUGCAGAGCAUGGGUUCGCCUGGCGCUAAAUGACGGGCUUCUGGAGUGUUACCUGGCCUCGCUGUUUCGCGAAGGGUCCAACUUGAGCUCCUACUACCAGCCCGGGGCUCUUUUGCUGGACCCGGAGGAACGUGAGGUUCUCCUCACCCUCCUGCAGGGUUUGUCCUCGAUGACCUUCCAGCUCUCUUAUAAAUCAGCUGUGCUGAAUGAGUGGACCAAUACACCGCUGGUCCUCGCGGGUCUUUGUCCCCCAACACCUGCCGACGAGCACCUUGUAGGCCCCAAGCGCAAGGAGUCUUGGGAUACGGUCUCCCAGUCAUCCGGAGGAUCUGGAGGCUCAGAUUGGGCUCAGGAGGUGCUCCAGAGGGAGCCGAGGAAAGAGCAGAGCGAGGGCUGUGAGCCGAACACUCCGCUGACAUCGUCAAACAUGAGUCUGGAUACGUCCGGAUCGUCACAGCUCUCCUCCAGCCUGAGCUCUGAUAGUCUGCUGCAGGGUCAGGAGCUCAGGUGUCCAGAGAAGGAACACUGGAGUUGUGACAUGGAGAUCAGCCAAAACGCACAACAGAAGAUCACGGCUACAGAAGAGAACAGUUCCUCUACUCAGGACUUGAAGGAGGACUUUGAUGUGUUCAUACCAGCUUCAGACUCUGCAGCACGAGCUGUUAAUAACAACACGCACAUGCCUGACGCAUCUUCAACAGCUGCACAGGACACACACCAAUCAGAUGCACACAUCUCAGAGCAAUCUAAAGCAAGCUCAGAAAAGAUGUCAGCUGAGACGAUACAGGAGACGGAAGAAGGGACAACGGAAGAAUCUGAGACUCUAGGUAAAACCGUCAUUGAGACUCCAGAAAGUGAGCAGGAGAAAGAGAACAGAGACUCGUCUGUUGAUACUUGGACCGAGAAGACCUCUGACCCUGACGCUCUUCCUCCAGAGACCUCUACCGCCUCUAGUUCAGUGGAGCAAUCCCAACAUGCUGCAUACAGACGCUCCGCAAGUACCGCCAGCAGGAAAACCUCCUCAGACUCUCUGUAUUCCUCCUGCAAAUCCACAUCUUGGAUAUCAGAGGAUGACUUCUACAAACCAGAAGAAAUGGGCAGUUCUGAAGCGUAUGCAGUCAUUGACAUUGCGCAGAUGAACGGACAGGUGACGCCUACCUCUGAACCAGACGCCAUCCAGCCACCACCUAGUGUAGUGCACCGGAGACACAACGGUCUUCCUAACCCGUUCAGGGGUCUGCUGAAGCUGGGUCAGCUGGAGCGCCGCAGUGCGGUGGGCAUGUGGCGGGAUUAUUACUGCGAGCUCUCUCCAUUUGAGCUGCGGCUUUACAUCAACGCAGAGGAGCGCAUCUGCUAUGAAAACCUGUCCCUGCUGCGCUGCGAAGACGUCCACCUGUCCUCCAGUAACGAGGGCCGAUUCCGGCUCUCCUUCCCAGGCAAAAGAAUCUACCUGCGCGCGCCGUCUCGAGGAGAGGCAGAGGACUGGGUGGAUCGCAUCGUGGAGGCCAUCAGCAAACUACGGCCCACAAUGAGAGAUGAACAGUGGGAGGUGCUACACACGUCCAAUGACCAGGACGUCCCCUCACCGACACCCUCAAGCCCCGAACACACCAUCUCAGAACUUCCAGAUCCUCCACAGUUAGAUUGGAUCCGUCAUAAGGACCCAGAGCCAGAUGCCAUAAAGGAAGCGGUGGUCUAUCAGAACUUGGAGGAGAAGGGUUGGCGGUCUGUUUUACUUUCUCUCUCCUUGGAGGCCCUCAGGGGGUACCGGGUCCAAGGGGACUCCAAGAUGCCCCUCUUCUCAUACUCCAUUGGGAGCAUCAGGGAUGUGGUUCCUGAUGUUUCUUUAGGAAGUCCUGCGUUUUUUAAGGUUCUGACUGCGCAGGACACUCUGACGCUGAGGGCGGAGAGCGGAGAGGAAGCGCGAGGAUGGAGGAGUCUGAUCAGAGGAGCGCUUGACUCGUAUCUGGAGACUGAGGAUGAUGGAGCGCUUCAGGGCGUCUCAUCGCCCCCCGGUGGUUACGCGGGGAAGAUACACAAACUGGUCCAACACAGACUGAAGGGAGAUGGGGUGUUGCUGUCUCACUUGUCUACUGUCCCGAAUGAGAGAGGACUAGAUGCACAAAACUACAAAUGUGCAGGUUGCUCUCAUCAGAUCGGUAUGUCUCUGGGGAGAGCCAGACUCUGUGAGUUCUCAGGUCAGUACUACUGUGAGAGCUGCCAUCAGGGAGACACAAUCAUCAUCCCCUCCCGCAUGCUGCACAACUGGGACCUAACAAUGCACGAGGUCUCCAAACAAGCCUUUAAGUUGCUGACACAGAUUGAGCACGAGCCGCUCCUGAACCUGGACCUUUUGAAUCCUGACCUGUUUGAUCACACUGACAUCAUGACUAAAGUGCAGAGCCUGAGACAGAAGCUUCGUUUCCUUGGAGAUUACAUCCUCAUCUGCCGCAGUGACAUAAGCAGACAAAUCCAACCCAGACUUCAGCAGCGGACAUACUUACUGGAUAACAGUGAUCUAUACAGUGUAUUGGACUUGCAGCAGAUAGCAGACGAGCACUACGAAUCUUACCUGCAGUCUCUGAUCCAGUUUGGGUCCAAGCACGUGCUCAACUGUGACCUUUGCACCCAAAGGGGCUUUAUAUGUCAGAUCUGCAACACCGACAACAUCAUCUUCCCUUUUCAGUUUGACAGCACCACCAGGUGUAACGUCUGCAAGACGGUGUUUCAUUCCUCCUGUAAGGCGAAGUGUCCGGUCUGUCCACGCUGCGUUCGCAUACAAAAGUAUAUGGAGAGGGACUUGGACGACUGAGUUAGCUGUUAGUUAAAAACAGGUUUUGAAGAAAACGAUCAUGCACCAAGCUCAAAAUCCAGGGUUAGUACUAUAUUAUUGUAAUACUCAAAUCUAUAAGUUAUUUUCUGAGAACUGGAAGCAUUUGAUCACACUAAGCGUUUAAUUGGACUCAUCUGAAGCUCGACUUUAAGUGCACUUAUUUACACAUUCAUAUGUACAUAUUUACUCACAUCAGCACUCCCGUGUAUGUUCUUUCAUGAAAUGUCAAUAAUGCCAAACAAACACUUUUCUGCAAUGGUGGGAGAACUGUUAUUAAAGCUAUGAUUUUUGCUUUUCAACUUUAUGGAAACACACUUGACGCUCAAUCAGUUCUCUGGGCUUCACAUGUUAUUCUGCAGGUUAGUGUUCAGAAUCAUAAGUCUUCAUUUUUUUGCAUAGUCAUUAUUGAUUGUCAAGCCAAGGAAGUCGUAUUUAUGAAACUUAAGGCACUUAAAUGCCAAGGAUCUUAUAACUCUUGUUUUUAUAGUACUAUUUUUACAUCUGAAUGUCACAUGCCAAGUUUUAUAUGAAGCAUUACGAGUUUGCAUAUUAAUUGUUGUAUAUGCAGGAAUCGUAUGCAUUUAAUAAGAGGAUGGUUAUUGAAAUUCUGAAAUGUACCAGCACUUACAACCUCCUUUAACAGGUCAUUUUUGUACAAUACUGUGCCUUUAUUUUCGUGUUUCAUAGUAGCAUCCUUCAUCACUCAAAUUGGUUGUGCCAAAAAUGUAACUAUUACAAGCCAAUGUGAAUUAUUAAUGUUUGUCACUAAAUCAGUUAUGUGCAAAGAAACCGAAUUGCUGACAUUCAUCUGGAUGAUACAAAGGAUGAACACUUUAUAUAUUAGCUUCCUGGUUUAAUGAAUGUCUCUUUUUUCUUCUUGAGUUUUUCUUUUUUUUGUACCACUUUUUUAACAAUGCUGUUUUCCUGAUAUUUUUAUGACAAGUUGAAUAUAUCACCUGUUGAAGGAAAA